CAACACGCCGCACCACGCCUGUCACCUUUCACGCGUGCAUGCGCAGUCGGAUUGUGGUGGGUGGGGAUAAUGUUUACUUUCGUGGCCAGUUAACCUUAAAUGUGUUGGGAUAUUCUUAAUAUGUAUUUUUUCCACACCGUUCCACUUUGAUCUGGACUAUACAAACACUGGUACGCACGUAACUCUCAUGCUGCUGUAACAGCUCACGAGGUAACGGAUUUGGGCGUCUAUAGAAAGGUGGAUGGUCUGUAGCGUUAGCUAAGUUAGCUGCUAGCGUCUCUGCUAGCCGAAAUAUCGUCAACGCACGAUAGCAAACGCCAGGGAGCCCAUCGACUAUUAAGUAGCUGAAGCCACUCCUUUAUCACCUCGGGCCACUUUUAUCGACGCUGCGGCGCGGAUAAAUCACCAAGUCCACAGCACGUUCGUGUUCAGGUUGCCACGGUGCAGUCCUCUCCCUGUCACAGAUAAACCAGUAAAGGCAUAAAAGAUACAACUUAAAACAUCUCCCCAAGGUUAAAACAAAACCCCCACAGGACCAAGAUGUCAAUCACAAACACACCCACAAGUAAUGACGCCUGUUUGAGCAUUGUGCAUAGCCUGAUGUGCCACCGACAGGGAGGGGAGAGUGAAAGCUUUGCUAAACGGGCCAUCGAGAGUCUGGUGAAGAAGCUCAAGGAGAAGAAAGAUGAGCUUGAUUCCCUCAUCACAGCCAUCACUACAAAUGGAGCUCAUCCUAGCAAGUGUGUGACCAUACAGAGAACUUUGGAUGGACGCCUACAGGUGGCAGGGCGCAAAGGUUUUCCCCAUGUUGUCUAUGCCCGACUGUGGCGAUGGCCUGAUCUACACAAGAAUGAGCUAAAACAUGUGAAAUAUUGCCAGUAUGCCUUUGACCUGAAAUGUGACAAUGUUUGUGUCAACCCAUAUCACUACGAGAGGGUCGUCUCUCCAGGCAUUGAUUUAUCAGGGCUGACGCUUUCAAGUUCAGUUCCCCUCCUGGUCAAGGAUGAGUAUGACUAUGACAACCAGCAAUCUCACUCGAGCUCUGAAAGCCACCUGCAGACCAUCCAGCAUCCCCCGUCAAGGCCCAGUCCACACGAUUCCUUCAUCAACUCCGCUCUCCUGCCCCUGUCGGAGGGCAGCGGUUCGGCCUCAACCUCCGCUUUCUCCACCAUCAGCGCUGGACCCUCAAAUCCUAACCCCAGCUGGAGCAGAAACAGCAGCUUCUCCCCUGCAGUGCCACAACAUCAAAACGGGCACCUCCAGCAUCAUCCCCCCAUGCCUCACACAGGGCAUUAUUGGCCUGUUACCAACGAAAUUGCGUUCCAGCCUCCAAUAUCCAAUCACCCCGCUCCAGAAUACUGGUGCUCCAUUGCGUACUUCGAGAUGGACGUCCAAGUUGGGGAGACCUUUAAGGUGCCGUCGACGUGUCCGAUAGUGACCGUGGACGGCUACGUUGAUCCUUCAGGAGGGGACCGCUUUUGCUUGGGUCAGCUGAGCAAUGUCCACAGGACAGAGAACAUAGAGCGGGCCAGGCUUCACAUUGGCAAAGGCAUGCAGUUGGAGUGCAAAGGGGAAGGAGAUGUCUGGGUGCGCUGCUUGAGUGAUCACGCAGUGUUUGUGCAGAGCUAUUACCUGGAUCGAGAGGCCGGACGUGCCCCUGGAGAUGCAGUUCACAAGAUCUACCCGAGCGCUUACAUUAAGGUGUUUGACCUGCGGCAGUGCCACAGGCAGAUGCAGCAGCAGGCGGCGACGGCCCAGGCGGCAGCUGCAGCCCAGGCGGCGGCGGUGGCCGGAAACAUCCCCGGGCCCGGCUCCGUGGGAGGCAUCGCCCCGGCCAUCAGUCUGUCUGCUGCUGCAGGCAUCGGGGUGGAUGACCUGCGCAGGCUGUGCAUCCUGCGGAUGAGCUUCGUGAAAGGCUGGGGGCCCGACUACCCACGGCAAAGCAUCAAGGAGACCCCCUGCUGGAUCGAGAUCCAUUUACACCGGGCUCUCCAGCUACUGGAUGAAGUUCUUCACACCAUGCCCAUAGCUGACCCGCAACCCCUCGACUGAGCAAAACGAAAAGAAAACAACGGAGGCUGUACUUUGUAACAAACCCCUCCAAAAACAGGCCGGAGGUGCAUAAGGGGGCCUGCGGCGGCGGGGGCGAUGCUCGAGUAGGUUUUAGAAGCAUGAACAAGGACUUAAAGGGCGGCAGAAAGCGCCAAACCCGCUGCUUUGAAAUCCGGAUCUACACGCGGUUGCUGGUAUACAGAGGGAGACUCCAGGUGUGUAAAUGACAGUGACUUUCAAACAACAGCUGGAUGAACAUGUGGCGUCCACUGGGAGGAGUGGUAGUACUCUGGAAACAUGCUGCCAAGAGAAUGGAAAAAGGUGUAAAAGCCCCCAUCAAUUAUUAAGUCAGCCUUGGUGCAAUACAAAUGCAAUUUGUAACCACAAGAGUGUGGAGAGUAAAUCAUGAAAUGAUUCACACUCACUCUUUUUUUUUUUGUAUAAACAAUUCAACAUUUAAGAUCUUACGCCCAAAAUAACCCUGUGAACAUGCUGACAAAAGUAUUUAGUAGAGGGCAAACAUUAGGCUUCACACCAGCAGCACUGUGCACAACGUGAUGCCUUGUGUUGGAUGAAGACCUGUCUGAACAUGCCGGGUGUCGUUUCCAGUCCUCCAUUGGCUCUCUGGUGCUUCUAUGGCUUCAUGUAACCCGAGUUUUUCAUCUCACAAAUCAGGCCAUUUAUGUAAAAUCAUAUUAAUCGUUACUCAUGUUUUUGUAAGAUCUAAUCUUCGAUAUCUUUUGUUGCUUAUUGUUUGAUGGUUUCUUAUUUUUGUAUUACCCUUUUGAAUAGUAGUUUUUACUGAUUGAGCAUUUGAAAAGCCUGUUUUAGCUUAGCUCAGCUUCUUUUUUUUAACUUUUCAACACCAUAAAAUUAACAGUUGAAGAUAUGGUAUUGAGAAUCUACAAUUUCAUAUUGCUGAAAUCAAAUUUUAAAAUAAAUUCAAAGGAAAAGGUUAUUAAAACCUGCCCUAA